UCGCUGACUCUGGUUCAGUGAGGAUAUGUACUCCAAUAACGAUAAUCUGUAGUCUGUGCUCCCAACCAUUACAACGAUGUCAUGGCUAGCCAGGUCCAUUGCUAAUUCUCUCAAGCUAGACGACGACGAUGACGAUGACGAUGACCGCUCUCCUAAUUCUAAUGUGGACUCAAACUCAAACUCACCCUCAAAUCCUCAAUCUGAUGACCAUGCCCAAUCACCAUCACCACCAUCUCCAUCAUCCACAGUCGCCGCCACCACUCCGCGUGGCGUCAAGGAAGACCUCUCCGAGCUGACGAAAACUCUAACCCGCCAAUUCUGGGGCGUCGCCUCCUUCCUCGCUCCUCCACCUGAUCCCUCCUCCCCUUCCUCUCCACAUUCCCGUCAGAUCUCGGAUGAACCAACUGAUAAUCCCCAACCAAACCAGCUAUCAGAUUCGGAGGAAUCCGAUGAGGAUUUGAUUGCAGGGAUUCGCAGCGAUUUCGCUGAGAUUGGCGGGAAGUUCAAGUCUGGAAUCUCCAAGCUGUCGAGUAAUGUAACUGUAUCGGAGAUCACUAAGAUCGCAUCAAACCUCCUGCAAAUUGGGCCGGAAAGAGAUUUAAACGAUGAGUUUUUGAUUGGCAGUGCUGUCGGUGUGACGGAGGAUGUUGUUACCUUCGCAAGGGAUAUAGCUAUGCAUCCACAGACUUGGCUUGAUUUUCCUGUUCCUGACGAUGAAGAUUUCGAUGAUUUUGACAUGUCUGAUGCCCAAAAAGAACAUGCUUUGGCAGUUGAACAUCUUGUCCCCAGAUUAUCUGCUCUCCGAAUUGAAUUUUGUCCAGGGCAUAUGAGUGAGGGCUGCUUUUGGAAGAUUUACUUUGUACUUCUGCACCCUAGGCUCAGUAAACAUGACGCUGAGCUGCUUUCAACCCCCCAGAUAAUGAAAGUGAGGGCAAUGUUGUCACAGGAGUUGCAUGACAAAGCUAAGGCAACCAAAGCAGAUUGGUCUGAAACUGGCACUUUUAGAUCGAAAGGGACUGCUGACUUACCACAUGAAGAAUCUCUUCCUGUGCCAUCUCAUUCAGAGUUUGGAUCAGUGCCUCUAAGGACAUCCAUCAUUGAAGUUGUCCCUCCCAAUACUGCAGCCAAGACAUCUGGCAAUGAAGCAAUUCCUUCUGGUUUUACAGAUGAACAAGAAACAGAGAAGCACCCAGUUCAGAGCGUUGAAAUGCAAAUUAUUGACAAAGCUGUGGUCAAGGAAGAAUCAGUUGACCAUGCCAAACAUCGACAUCUAUCUGGUUCCACCUCUAAAAUUGAGGAUGAUGCUGAUGAUUGGUUGAGAGAAGAAAGUUCAGAGAUGGUUGGCACAAGUGGAACUACAAUGCAUAUCAGAAAUGAUGAGGACGUAUCAUUCAGUGAUCUUGAAGAGGAUGAUGGAGAUGAGCCUACUAGUUAUAAGGAAGUAAUAUUGGGUUCUGAUGCUUCAACAAAAGAUUCACGAGAUUGGGUUCAGUUCAAGAAAGGUUCUUCAGACUCGGUUUAGGAUAUUAAUCCUGUCAAUGUGAAACAUGCUGGGUCUGAGCAAUUAAGUGCUCGCAACUCUGUAUCCAAGGAGUCCAAUGAUUGGCUUGAUGUCGAUGACAUUAAUGCCAUGUGAUAAAUUCCAUAAAACCCCAGGUGAACGUGUCUUCCAUCUUUCUGCUACGUUAUUGUGAAUAGUUUGUAUAUGGUUUCUGCAGUCUGAUUUAGGCUUUGGAAACUAUCUGUACAUAAGUCUGAACUUAAAUUGGAUGACCAUUGGCGCAUAAAAUAUGUAUGUUAACUAUAAUAAUUCAGUGAUGAAAUAUUUAUUUUCAUUU